AACUCUUUAUUUUUUUAGCAAGGGUAUCAAAUGAAGUCUACAGAUAUUCAGUUUACUAAUAAGCAUUUGCUAAAGCAAUUUUUAAAAUGUUAGAAUUAUUUUUAGGAACUGGAAGAGGAUUAUGAUAUUAGCUCAAUUUUAAAUCAACUGGCUAAUGAUUUAAUCAUAAAAUAAUAUAGCAAAAACACUUUCCUUUUUCAUUACGAUGCUAAAGAAUCAAAUGAUUGGUACAUUAUACUAAAAGGAAAGGUUUCAAUUUAUAUUCCAAAAAUGAAUCAAGAAAUUAUAUAGGAAAUGAACUUACUAAAAUAGAAGUAAGCAUUAGAAACUGAAUUACAAGAUUUAGAGCUUUAACCAUCUACAAAAGAAAAUAGAGAAAAAAUUCGCUAAGCAUAAUUCAAAAAAUAAGAGGUAGAAGAUGCUAUUAGCAAAAUCUCCUCUAUCAAGUAUGAUCACAUUUUUUAAAAAUUUUCUUCAAGCUACUAUCAGCAGCAUCCAUAAAUAUUAAGUUUUAAAUUUCUGAAAUAUGCAGGUGAUGGAGAAGUCUUUGAUAAGAAAUUUUAUGAAAAACCUGCAAGCGUAUUUAUUGAAGAAGACAGUAUCAUAGGAUAUAUAAAAAAUGAUUUGUACUAAAAAAUAUUUUAAGGCACGCAAAAAAAUAGAUAAAUUAUUACUUAAGCUCUCAAAAAAAUUCAACAAAAAUAAGAUUCAAUUUAUUAUAUGAAGCAAGUGAAAGAACAAUCUCCAAAUAAUUCACCAAUAAGAUCUUAAAUAAAGAGCCAGUCACAAGAAAGGUUAAAUAAAUAGUCUGUAGGAAGUUGUGAAAAUUUUGGAAUGUAUAUAGAGAAUUUAAGUUAAUAAAAGGAGGCAUAAUAAUCAAAAGAAUAUUCAUCUGGCUAGUUUAAUAGUUCAAGGAAAGCUAGAACCAGAAGUAAUUUUGAAAUUUUUUUGUAAAAAGAGGUAAAAGAAUUGAUCAGGAAGUAAUCUACACAUUAUUCAGAUUAAAAAAAUACUACAAACAGUAACCAAUAAAAAAAUAAGUUAGUCACUUAAUCAAACGCAUCUUCUCCUACUCAAUAGAAGGAUUAAUAAACAAAUAACAGUCUAUUUGUUAGCAAAAAUAAGAUUUAAAGAGGGAGUUUUAUAGAAUUAAUAAAUAAUUAAAAGUUGCUAAUUAACUAAUAAUAGCUCUUUAUUUAGUAAAAAGAUAAAAUUUAAGGAGAGAAAAGCAUUCCUAUAAAUCAUUAGGUGUAACUUUAAGUAGGUGCUAAUUAACAGAAACAUGAAUUAUAAAAUUUGAAAAAUAAAACUGAGGUCUCUCCAUAAAAAUAGGCUUGUUAAAAUGAAUAUGAGCAGUAUAAGAGUUAAAGCUAUAAGAAAUAACUAGACUUUCUCAUUCAAAAUUAGAUUUAAUCUUAGCAAUAAAAUUUUCAUGAGCAGCAAUCUCCAAUCAUUUAAUUUAAAGAUUCGCAUGAUAGUACUAAUUCUAACAAAUUGAUUUCUUAAUAACAUACGCAGUUUUCUAAUUAAUUGAGUAGUGAAAGAUAGUUUAAAAAUGACACUGAUCCUGUUAGAUCUAGCUUUUUACCUACGAGUAGUGAAAGCUUUGAUGAUCAUUAUGAUUUAAGAAUAUUGUCAGAAGGCUCAAAGAGGAUAUAAAAAUAAUCUAAUUUAUUAGCCAUAGAGGAAGGUAAAAAAAAAUUAUAUCAACACUCAAAUAAGAUUGAUAUCUUCACUUUUAAUAUUGACUCUUUUCGUGAUUAAAUAGCUUAGUAAAACUCUGAAGAAAAAAAAAUUGUAAAAACAAGCUUAAAUAAUGAUAGUGAUUUUUCAAAAUUAUAAAAGUAAGAUGUAAAUUUACAACCUGGAUUUAAUUUAUUCAAGAAUUAAAAAAUAUAAUAAUCUUAAAAUUAAUAGAUAUAAACUCUAUCUGAUCUAAAGCAUACUUUAACAAAAAUAGAUCAUGUCGAUUAAAAUUUAAAAUAAAAUUAAGGAUUGAAUAACAAUUCUAUCAAUAUUUCUCAAUAAAAACUCAAUAGAAAUAUUUAGAAAAAUGAAUUUUAAAUAAAUUAAUAAUAUAUUAAAAGCAUAUAAAGCUUACAAGAAAUUUAAACAGCAAACUAUGUAUAAUCAGGCAAAAAUACUCAUUAAAGUAAUAAAAAUUAGUUAGUAUCUUAAAGCUUAAAUAACAGUGGCUCGUAGAAUUAAAGUAAUAAUUAAGUAGCAUUUUUGUAAAUGGGAAUAUCACCAAAUUUAUUAGAAAAAAGUAAAAGCUAUGCUGAAAAUUUGAGAAAAAAGCAUAAAAAAUAUAUGACUCGAACUUAGUCUUAACCAUCCUUAAUAUAAAAUUGUUCUCCUAAUACUUCUAAUUAAAAUUCCCCUUUUUCGAUGCCCAAUAAAAUGAAAAAUUAGCAAAACUAACGACUAAGUUUUUCAUAAUUGAUGUAAAAACAAGAUUAAAACGAUAGCAACUUAUUCAAUUUGGAGAGCAAAAACUAAAACUAUACUUUAUUUCAAAAUAAUUAGAACCAUAUAAAUUCAGAUUAAUACUUAAAAUAAAAAAAUAAUGAUAAACAUGUUAUUUACUCAUCUCCGUAAUAGUUAAGUAGAAUCGCAUUACAAAGAUGUUCUUCAACUUUAGGAUUCUAAUCACCUUAACCUUAUAGACUAGAGCGCCCAUAAUCUUCAGGUUUAAGAGGCAAAAAAAUAUCGAUGAAUUCAAAAUAUAGCUUUAUUUAGGCCUUUUAAAAUAACAAAUCUUAAAUAUAAAAUGCAGACUAACGAAUGCUUACACCAAACAAAAGUGCCAUUAAUUAGAAUUAUAAAAAUUAAUUAGAACAAGAAGAACUAAAUCAUUAUACUAAUGAGUAAAUGGUGUUAUCUAUCUCAAAAGAUGGAUCACUUUAAGUAGGCCCUAUUUCAAAUAGUUAGUAAACUUAAAAUUUUAAUGAAUCUGUAUCAAAUUCUCAAAAAUUAAUUAUGAUUGGAUAACAAAAUUAAAAUGUUAAAAAUAGUUUAAAAUAAAUAGGAUUAGAACUAAAUAAAUAGGUUUAGCAAUAAAAAAUGUAAAAAAUAGUUGUUCAAUAAAGGGUUUAAUCAGCAAAAUAUUCAAAUAACUAAAUGAACCCUCACUAGUUAGCAACUUAAAGCUAGAUUUAAAAAGAAUUACUAAAAAAUAAAACCUAGAUUUCUAAAAUUGUUAAAGGAUCUAUUGUAAGCAAACUAACAUCUGUAUAACAAAAUCUAUUAAACUCUUUACAAAAUUAAAACUAGUAAAAUUCAGAGAGAAAGUCAUUAGGAAAUCAGCUUUAAGAAAAUUCAAUCAGAAAAGAGAUUUUAACUAACCUUCAAAGAAAAGUAGAUACAAGAUAAAAUUCCUUAAUAAAGUUACAGUAGUGCAAUAAGGAUUAGAUCUAGCAACAAAAUGUAAAUUAAUAAAUAUAAGACUAUCAAAAUGAAGAUUAAUCUGAAUCAAAAUUUACUGAUAAGCUAAUUAUAUCUGAAUAGCAAAAGUAAUCAUAGGAUUUUAAGAUUAAAUUACAAAAACCUGUAUAAGUUAAUUCUGUGAUGUAGACAACUUCAACAAUCAAAAGUUGCUUAAAAUAAGGUAAUAAGAGUAAUAAAAACAAUAUUUAAGAUUAAAUUGAAUAAGAGGAAUCAAUCGAUCAAUGUAAAGAUGAAUACUAUUUAUUGAAAUUAAUUUAGUAAAGAGAAUAUGAUUCGCCAGAAAAUUAUAUAGGAUUUGAACCUGAACCUGAAGAGCAAGCUUAAGAGGAAUCUAAACAUGAAAACGAUGAAUUUACUCUACCAAAUUUUGGUAUGUAUAAAUCUAGCUCUUUUCAUUUAAAUUAAUCAUCUAACAGUUAAACUAAUUCUUAAAUUGAAUGCUAAAGUAGUAAAGAUGUAAACUAGUUAGAAAAUAAAACUACAAAUGAAAUAUUUAAACACAAAAAGAUGAUUUAUAACACUGAUGGAGGUAGCAGAAGAAAAUCUAAAUUGAUAAACAAAUAAAUUUAAGAAUAAUUUAAUAAUGCUGAAUGCUAUGAUCAAGAAUAGAUAACAUUAGGAUAAAAUUCAAAUGAAGAUCUAUUUAAUGUAUCAACUGUUUAAUAAAAUGAGUUAUAGUGCGAUCUAUAAAGAGUUAAAAUACACAGAAAUAAUGAAGUAGAAUUAAAUACAUAAACUUUUUAAAAAAGAAGGAGCUCUUAAGGAUAAAAAUUAGUAAAUAUUUUAGAGACUCCAAAAUUUACAUUUUAAAAAAUGUGA